CACACCCACGGCUCGUGCACACACAUGCACUCGCCUCCUUUCUCUACAUUGCACACGUUUCGUGCAAGCUACAAAGCAGCUGACCUUACAACAAAGCUGCACACUGCACAGAGAGUGGGGUGAAGGGAGAGGAGAGGUGACAGCUCUUAGUCAGUUAGCAGUGUGUGACUAACUCUCCUGGAAUAAGUCUGCAUGACAGGAGCAGUAGGAGGGAUGAUAAGGACAAGACAAUAACUACGACAUACAAAGAGGAACAACGCUUCCAACAAACUCAACACUGGAGGAUUGCUGCUGAGACAGUCUGUGAUGUGCUCCUUCAAUGGCAUUUCACACCAAGGGACAUAGUUGACAGCAAAUGAAGGAGUGAAGUUUACAUGGACUGACCCAUGCAGAAAAGAAGCUGGAGGCUGGACUCUGUAAGCAGCUCAUCGUUUCCCUAUUUCUCACAAUAACUCACAAAAGCAUCAGCGGUGCAGUUUUUACCUGUAAGUACAGAUCUUUUCCUUUCAAUUUUCAGCCAGAUGUUAGUGUGAUUAUUGUUCCUUACUAUUCUUUUCUUACUAUUCUUUUCUUACUAAGACUGACUGCUAUUAAAGUGCUGAUUAUUUUUGGAGCACUUGAGCAGGUAUCUGAUCAGAUACCACAAAAACAUGUAGGAUAUGUGAAGCCACACAUACAGUUUGUGUUCGAUGAGGCUGACCUCUGACCCUGCAGGCUGGGAUAUUGUCCUUCACCGAGUUUGACUCAAACUGAAGGCAAUCAAAGCACCCAUCAGACAUGGACCAGAGGUCAGCUUGGUUACAAGGCGAUCAUCUUUCACUGUCAGCAUUACAUUAUCAAUUAUCACUGGGCCAUACAGUUAUGAAUAAAAAGAGAAUGAACAUUUCCAUAAUCGAGAAUCGAGGUUCCAACUCUGUCACAUCUGUCACUGCAGCGACAAUGGUGACCCCAUUCUCACAAGACUUGUCUGAAAUAGGGAUGAUAUGGUACAUUUAUUUCACCAGCAGGGACUUCAUUUUUCUUUUUUAUACCAUUCAUUUUCUUAUCAGAUUUUUUGUUUUAUGUUUUUGCUUUGUCCGCUAUUGUGCAGUUCUUCUCAUGGUGUAAUGUUGUUUCGUCAGUUGUUGGAGCAACUGUGAGAGACACCAACUCUUGGUUUAAAGCAACAGAUAUUCUAGCACAUUCAAAAGUGUUAAAAUGGUGCCGUGGGGAAUUCAUGGCUUCAAGAUCCAGAUAAAAAAUAAUUCUUGUUUCUUGAGUUUUCCAGGGCUGUCUGCUGUGUCUGCCAUGCCUCUUUUCAGCUGGAUGAAAUGGUCCCAAGAAUCAAGAGUGCAGGUUCAGGAUGAAGGGACACCUCUGAAGACCUCGGGGGUUGUACCCAGUCGCAUGUUAAUCAGAGAGCUCCUGUGGCAUGUGGAAGAGCGCGAGCGGCUGGCGAGGGAGCUGGAACGGGAGCACAGACUUGCCCACAGCGCCCUGGGUCUCCACUGGUUCCAGAAGUACCCCAGGUUACGGACCCUUAUCCCCACGUCAGAGCUACACCAGCUGGAGUUCCUGUGUUCUCAGAUCCCACCCAUCCACGCAGCCACCAUACUCUCCAGGUUUCGUGAGGUGCUUGCCACUAACAACAUUCGGCCCUGGGAGCUGGCGUCUGUCUUCAAGCAGGUUCUGAGGGACUUCCUGAGCCAAAAGGAGUAUGAUGAAGAGGACGACCUUCCAGUGCAGCCAGCACAGCUCCGACCGAUGGAGGCUUGGACGAGCCGCUACAAAAUGAGGCAGGGCUUUGUCACACCCACCGUCCCCAACUGUGGAGACCACCCAAGGGAGGAGAUCCCAACAAUCUCUGGAUAUGUGGACCGGGCCAUGCGGUAUUCAAGUUCGUUUGCAGGGUCCAGCCGGGACUGGGACCGUCCAUAUUACUAUCCAAUUCCUGUCAGGCCCAUUGAGGCGUACAGCACUACACUGUGAAAGGACUAAAUGUUCAAAACUGUCUGUGACCCUGUUUCACACAAGCUUAAAACAGGUCACAUCCAGAGCAUGGAGACGAGAUGCAAAACCCUGAUUAUUUGUAUUAGCUGUAGAGUUAUCCUAGCUUGUGACAAAAAAUGUGACGACAUUAGGCUAGGUGGACCAUGUAUAGAACCAUUUCAUUGAAACAACUACUUUCUCGCCUUAUCUUGCAAAUUCCUAAUUCAUGAACAGUGUUUAUCUUUAGUACAGGUUAUGAACGCGUCACACUGUGUACAGUUUGGUAUGCUUUUCAAAAGGUAUGCUGUCAAGUAGAGAGAGUGAUAUCACAAGGGCAGAGGACUUGGACCAACACGCCCCGAGGUUUGUGACUUUAGAGUUUGAAGCGGGGCAAUGUCUACUUGGACUGCUUUUUAUACGAGAUUAAAAAUAGGGUGGUUUAACCAAAGAGUCAUGUUCCCUUCUCAAACUGCUGCAUCUGAAGAGUAAGGUAGAUAGAUAUUUACCAAUACAACAGCAAAGACUGUAGAAAACACAAAAAUAAACAUCAUUUGUGUCAAAGACAUUUUCUCGUCUCAUCUACUGAAUGUUUAAUCACCCCCAGGUUUGUAAACCCAGCCAACAGCCACCUGAGAACAGAUGCAGCAAGCAAACUUUGGCAAAACACAGAAGAUUAAGAGAGGUCUGGAAACACUGAGGUCAUGUCCUAAACAGGGCUACCCAAAUAAUGGAAUCCAAUCAAUAUUCAAUGUGGCUUAAUGCAAUAUCUAAUUGCAGGAAGU